AUGCGCAGAGAAGCCGGAGAGUUAGCCGUAAGCAGUGGAGAGAUCGCCACCGGAGCCUUGUCGCCAGAAAAACAGCAAGAGCAAGAGCUGAUGGGCAAAUUGGCGGCUACUGGCAAACUUCCUGCUCGGCCGGCCAGCUCUUUCCUGCAGAAGAAGUUGCAACAGAGGAAGUUCUUCGACUCCGGUGAUUAUGCAAUGGACAAAUCAAAGGCUGGAACUGGACUCGCAUCAAAACCACAUCCACUUGCUGGAGGUCCUCCACCACAAGCUCCCCCACCUGCUGCUGUUCAAAAAAGUCCGGCACCGGCGUCGUCACCAUCUCCAUCCGCUUCUCCGAUCUCUCAACAGACAAGCCGUCCAAGUGCCGAACGAAAUAGUGACGAUGACAAUUUGCAGAUUCCACGUCCAGACACAGUUCCACAGCGAAAAGCGUCGAUAAUCAAUCCAAGUGUGCAUUGCAAGCUUAGCCCAGCACCGCAUGUACAGCAUCACGACGCCGCUUCUCCGACUGCAACAAACGAAUAA